AACCAGAUUACCAGAAGCCCGACGCAUUUCGAAGCCUGAGUGCCCAACUUCCCCCCUCCGCCUGCCCCCGCGCCGCCCCGUGAAAUCAAUCAAUCCACCGCAGCUCCUCGCCGCCACGCCGGAGCGGAGCUACCUGUGUGGCCGCGCCGAACUGCCCGCUUCCCGCUCUCUCCUCAUUCGUCACCUCCGUCUCGCGUCCCCGCGCUUAUCAGAGAGGCAACAGCCGCCGCUGCGUGCCCCGUUCGCGGAGCUAUACUAUACGGGGAGACCGGGGUCCCCGGCGGCCGCCGCCCGUUCCCAAGCUACCCAGGGCGGAUUGGUUUCUGUGAAUCUCUGAGGCGGAGAAGGCCACCCCAGGGCCGAACACAGUCCGGGAACCGAUUGGGGCGCCGCUCGGCCGACGAUGUCGUCGAGCAGGUUCUCGCCGGCGCUGCAGGCGUCCGACCUCAACGACUUCAUCGCCCCAUCGCAGGACUGCAUCAUCUCCCUCAACAAGAACACCUCCUCCUCCUCCCGCCGCCCCCAGAACAAACAGAAAGAAACUACAGUGAGCUCAAAACCUCCAGAAGAAGCAGUCAAGAUUUCACUAAAAGACUGUCUGGCAUGCAGUGGUUGUAUAACAUCGGCAGAGACGGUUAUGCUGGAGAAGCAAAGCUUGGGUGACUUCAUUGAUCGUAUAAACUCUGAUAAAGCUGUUAUUGUAUCUGUAUCUCCCCAGUCAAGAGCAUCACUAGCUGCAUUCUUUGGUCUUUCUCAGUCACAGGUAACAACAUGGGCUUGCCAUAUCCAUUCCCCUGUCAGAAUCAUGGUAGAUACGCUCUUACAAGUGUUUACCGUUCUCAGAAAACUGACUUCUUUGUUCAAGUCGAUUGGUGUAAAGGCUGUUUUUGACACAAGCUCGAGUCGAGAUCUAUCUCUUAUUGAAGCAUGCAAUGAAUUUGUUUCACGGUAUCAGAGAAGUCAACCAUCUAGUGGCCAAGAAGCUGGAGCCAAUCUUCCACUGAUUUCAUCUGCAUGUCCGGGUUGGAUAUGCUAUGCUGAAAAGACUCUUGGUUCAUACAUACUACCUUACAUAUCAUCUGUAAAGAGCCCACAACAGGCAAUUGGUGCAGCCAUUAAGCACCAUGUGGCUGAGAGACUUGGUCUAAAGCCGUAUCAUGUAUAUCAUGUCACUGUGAUGCCCUGCUACGACAAGAAGCUAGAGGCCGUCCGGGAUGAUUUCACUUUCUCAGUAGAUGGUAAAGAAGUUACAGAGGUGGAUUCAGUACUAACAACUGGUGAAGUGUUAGACUUGAUACAGUCCAAAUCGAUCGAUUUCAAGACAGUAGAGGAAUCUUCAUUGGACAGAUUGUUAACAAAUGUUGAUGAGGAAGGCCAUCUAUAUGGGGUUUCUGGAGGUUCUGGGGGCUAUGCAGAAACAAUCUUUCGCUAUGUAGCACAUGUAAUUUACAAGAGAGAAAUAGAGGGUCCUCUUGACUUCAGAAUCCUCCGAAAUUCAGAUUUUCGUGAAAUUACACUGGAGGUGGAGGGCAAACCUGUUUUGAAGUUUGCACUUUGUUAUGGAUUCAGGAACCUGCAGAAUGUUGUUAGGAAGAUUAAGAUGGGAAAAUGUGAAUACCACUUCAUUGAAGUUAUGGCGUGCCCUUCAGGUUGUUUGAACGGGGGAGGUCAAUUAAAGCCUGUUGAAGGCCAAUCUGCCAAGGAACUUAUCCAGCAAUUGGAGAGUGUGUACACACAAGAUAUAUUAAUAUCUGAUCCUUUCCGUAACCCUAUCGCGAAAAAACUAUAUGACGAAUGGCUGGGGCAACCUGGUUCAGAGAAUGCAAAGAAGUAUUUGCACACAGAAUAUCACCCAGUGGUGAAGAGUGUGGCCUCACAGUUACAGAACUGGUGAGAGGUUUCUUGUUGCACUGGGAGUUCCUAUGUUCUUCAAGAGCCAGGAGGGACUUGCACACAGAACAAACAUGGCGACCUGUCCAUGCUAAGCAAAUAUUGGUCAUACAGGAAUUGAAACUUGUCCCUUUUUUGCAUUAUAGCGAAGAAGUUUUUGUUAGCCCUAUAGGUUUUCAGCUGCUUUCUAGUUAAUGUUGUACGCUGCCAACGGGAAACAACCUUUAAACUGCAAUGUGUAAAAUGAACGGAGUAGGUCUUGACGACCUUUUCAUUGUUUGAUACUCGUCCUUUGGCGUUUUUUUUUUUGUCUGGAAGAUAUGCGAGCUUUGUUGGUUA